CUUCUCAACAAUUACAUGAAAAAUUAGAAGAAUAAUAUUGUAUGUGCGUGUAAGAAGAAUCCGAGAAACUUGUUGCUCAAUCACGAUCAGUCUCAGAGUUCAAAGGGAAUGAAUGCUUUUUCUCAGAAGAACAACAACACCAACUUUAAUCGUUCCAUUGUUGUUUCCCUUUAACCCCAAACAGUUAUUAUAAAACCCAACAACCAUCGGGUUUCGGAGAUACAAUGAUUGGGCGCAGAGACAGAGAGGGACCCUUGAUGAGGAACAACAACCCAAACUCUCUACGCAAAUCCAGGGUCCUAACCGCAGUUGCAAUUGGCGUCCUUAUUGGAUGCGUCUUCGCUUUCUUGUACCCCAAUGGCUUCUUCGUUUCUGACUCUGUCGCUGCUAAUCGCCGCCUCUCUAACGCAGGAUCCAUAGCCCAGGAAAAUUCAGCUGGAUGUGAAUCCUCAGAUCGGGUCAACCUGUUGAAAUCAGAGUUUGUAGCGUUAUCAGAGAAGAAUGCUGAGCUAAAAAAACAGGUGAGGGAAUUGACUGAAAGGCUUCGCCUUGCAGAGCAAGGGAAAGACCAGGCUCAAAAGCAGUUCCUUACGCUAGGUAAACAGGUUAAAGCUGGACCCUUUGGUACAGUAAAGGGACUGAGAACCAACCCUACUGUUGUUCCUGAUGAGUCUGUGAACUCGAGAUUGGGAAAGAUAUUAGAGAAAGUUGCAGUUAAACGAGAGCUUAUAGUUGGACUUGCAAACGCCAAUGUAAAGGAGAUGCUGGAGNCCAUCGGUUUCGGAGAUACAAUGAUUGGGCGCAGAGACAGAGAGGGACCCUUGAUGAGGAACAACAACCCAAACUCUCUACGCAAAUCCAGGGUCCUAACCGCAGUUGCAAUUGGCGUCCUUAUUGGAUGCGUCUUCGCUUUCUUGUACCCCAAUGGCUUCUUCGUUUCUGACUCUGUCGCUGCUAAUCGCCGCCUCUCUAACGCAGGAUCCAUAGCCCAGGAAAAUUCAGCUGGAUGUGAAUCCUCAGAUCGGGUCAACCUGUUGAAAUCAGAGUUUGUAGCGGUAUCAGAGAAGAAUGCUGAGCUAAAAAAACAGGUGAGGGAAUUGACUGAAAGGCUUCGCCUUGCAGAGCAAGGGAAAGACCAGGCUCAAAAGCAGUUCCUUACGCUAGGUAAACAGGUUAAAGCUGGACCCUUUGGUACAGUAAAGGGACUGAGAACCAACCCUACUGUUGUUCCUGAUGAGUCUGUGAACUCGAGAUUGGGAAAGAUAUUAGAGAAAGUUGCAGUUAAACGAGAGCUUAUAGUUGGACUUGCAAACGCCAAUGUAAAGGAGAUGCUGGAGGUAUGGUUCACCAACAUCAAGAGAGUUGGCAUAACCAACUAUCUAGUUGUUGCUUUAGACGAUGAGAUUGUGAAGUUUUGUGAAUCAAAUCAAGUGCCAGUGUAUAGAAGAGAUCCAGAAGAUAGUGUUGAUGUGAUUGGAAGAAUCGGGAGUAACCAUGCUGUCUCUGGUCUUAAAUUUCGUAUUCUAAGAGAAUUUUUGCAGUUGGGAUACAGUGUUCUUUUAUCAGAUGUGGACAUUGUAUAUUUGCAGAAUCCAUUCGAUCAUCUAUACCGGGAUUCAGACGUGGAGUCCAUGAGCGAUGGUCACAGUAACAUGACAGCAUACGGCUAUAACGAUGUCUUUGAUGAACCUGCAAUGGGUUGGGCUAGAUUUGCUCAUACUAUGAGGAUAUGGGUUUACAACUCUGGUUUCUUCUAUAUUAGACCAACAAUCCCUUCAAUCGAGCUUUUGGAUCGUGUGGCAACACGACUUUCGAAAGAGAAGGCUUGGGACCAGGCUGUUUUCAAUGAGGAACUCUUUUACCCAUCACAUCCUGGUUAUGAUGGGCUUCAUGCUUCCAGAAGAACUAUGGAUAUGUAUCUCUUCAUGAACAGCAAGGUUCUGUUCAAGACAGUGAGGAAUGAUGCUAACCUCAGCAAAUUGAAGCCUGUAAUUAUUCACGUGAAUUACCACCCUGAUAAACUUCCCCGAAUGAAAGCAAUUGUUCAGUACUACGUUGAUGGAAAGCAGGAUGCUCUCAAACCUUUCCCAGAUGGCUCAAAUUGAUAAUCUUGCUGCUGCUGAGAGUAUAUUUUUUUUCGGGUCAAUUGCUUAGAACAGUUUCACAGUAGAUUUCAUUAGCUACAAAGCAUGUGUAGGUACAAACUGAUAUCAUCUUAUGAGUACACUGAGUUAUGCUUUUAGGCCUCAUUCUGUUUCUUUCUAUUCCUUUUUAAUGCAUGUUUUUGGUGGGGCUUACAUGGAUUUUCUUCUGUAACAUUUGUUGUAUGCUAAUUUUAAGUUUUUUGUUGUUUCUU